AUCGACACGACCAGACAGCUCACUCAAGCUGCUCAAUCUACUUUCUAUCCAGCUCUCACACCGACAAUGAUCCAUUAUUAGGCUCUAAGAAGCCACGGCAUACCAUCUGGUCGCUGAAAACACACACUAUACAGGCCGGCAUGCUGCCCCGAGCAGCUCGAUCGCCUUGCUGGCGUACCUCCGGGCGGUACAUACAUCUUCUGCCUGCUGUUCCGCGCUCGACACCAUUGAAGACAGCAUACUUUGGAAGUCGAUUCAGGGCAUUCACAUCCAGUCCGAGUCCGUACAGGAGACAGGUUACCGGAGAUCCUACCUCGGAGCGAAAGACGACGAAUCCUAAUGCCCCGCCAGUAGCUCGGCCCGCGAAUGCGAACGUGACCCCGAAUCCCAAAGACACCCAAAAUGCAACGGCUGCGAAGAAGAAGGAUUUGCUGAGCGAGACGACGGUGGGGAAUAAGGAGCAGAGGAAGGCGGACUGGGCCAUUAUGAGGGAGAUGGCAAAGUACCUCUGGCCAAAGGAUGACUGGGGUACUAAGCUUCGUGUUGGAACUGCAUUGUCGCUGUUAAUUGGCGCAAAGGUUUUGAACGUCGAAGUUCCAUUCUACUUCAAGAGCAUUGUUGACUCGAUGAAUAUCGACUUUGCCACUGUCGGCGGCACAGCGUAUACAGUGGCCGGGUCAAUGAUUAUAGCUUACGGUGCUACUAGAAUCGGCGCUACACUCUUCCAGGAGCUUCGAAACGCUGUAUUUGCCAGUGUGGCCCAGAAGGCGAUUCGCAAAGUGGCACGGAACGUAUUUGAGCACCUGUUAAGGCUAGACCUUAACUUCCACCUUACUCGCCAGACUGGUGGCUUGACAAGAGCGAUUGACCGUGGAACAAAGGGUAUCAGCUUCUUGCUGACAUCUAUGGUGUUCCAUGUGGUCCCUACCGCGUUGGAGAUUUCCCUCGUGUGCGGUAUACUGACGUACCAGUAUGGUGCGCAGUUUGCUGCGAUUACAACAGCGACAAUGCUUGCAUAUACUGCGUUUACUAUCACGACUACUGCUUGGAGAACAAAAUUCCGGAAGCAGGCCAACGCGGCGGAUAACCGCGGAGCAACGGUAGCCGUGGACUCGCUUAUCAACUACGAAGCUGUCAAAUACUUCAACAAUGAGCGAUUUGAGGUUGCACGCUAUGACAGGGCCUUGAAGUCGUACGAAGAUGCGUCCAUCAAGGUUACAACGUCUCUGGCCUUCCUUAACUCUGGCCAGAACAUGAUCUUCUCGAGUGCAUUGGCCGCCAUGAUGUACCUUGCGGCCAACGGAGUGGCCAGCGGAUCACUGACGGUUGGUGACUUGGUCAUGGUCAACCAAUUGGUCUUCCAAUUGUCUGUGCCGCUGAACUUCCUUGGUUCCGUGUACCGUGAGCUGCGCCAGUCACUGCUUGACAUGGAAACACUGUUUAACCUCCAAAAGGUCAAUGUGACGAUCAAGGAACGAGCGAAUGCCAAAGCACUUGAGCUCAAGCAGGGAGGAGAGAUCCGGUUCGACAAUGUCACGUUCGGCUAUCAUCCCGAGAGGCCCAUCCUUAAGAACGCUAGCUUUACGAUUCCUGCUGGUCAGAAGUUUGCUAUCGUUGGACCGAGUGGCUGCGGCAAAUCCACAAUCUUGCGGUUGUUGUUCCGAUUCUAUGACGCCCAAGAGGGCCGAAUCCUGAUCGAUGGUCAAGAUGUGCGCGACGUGACACUGGAAAGUCUCCGCAAAUCUAUUGGAGUGGUUCCUCAAGACACACCGUUGUUCAACGAUACGAUUGCUCACAAUAUCCGUUAUGGAAGGAUUGACGCAAGUGAUGAGGAGGUGCGAAAGGCUGCCCAGCGGGCUCAUAUCCACGAAUUGGUCGAGAAACUGCCCGACGGAUACCAGACAGCUGUGGGUGAGAGGGGAAUGAUGAUCUCUGGCGGUGAAAAGCAGCGAAUGGCGAUUUCUCGAUUGCUUGUGAAGGACCCACCACUUUUGUUCUUUGAUGAAGCGACCUCGGCCCUUGAUACCUACACUGAGCAGGCAUUGUUGCAAAACAUCAACAGCAUUCUGAAGGAGAAGGCUCGCACCAGCGUUUUUGUUGCGCAUCGAUUGCGCACGAUCUUUGACAGCGAUCAGAUCCUCGUGCUGAAGGAUGGGCAAGUGGCAGAGAAGGGCUCACACCGAGACCUUCUGGACCAGAACGGCAUUUACGCUGAGCUGUGGAAUGCCCAGGAAACGUCGCUAACUCACGAUCUGGAAUAUGAGCGGAGCGCCGAAGAAGAGGCUCAGGAUGCGACAGAGCCCAAGCAAAAAUAGAUAAGAGAUUGGAGGGUUUCAUUCAUUUUCUUUUCUAAAUUGGUAGAUACUUACGUGGAUAUACUUCUUAUACCUAGAUGGUCAGACAAUUACAUAUAACGAAUUUUUUGGGUAGUAAAGUGACUAUGGCGUCAGACUGUAUAUGUGAAACCCCUCUAGAUUGAGCGAUGAGGAGUUCGAUGAGGGGAUUGAGGGAUAGCAUUCCGACCGGAGGG